AUGAUCGAUACCCUGGCGAGCGGCGAGGCUCGGGACCUGCUGGUCGAGCUCCCCGCAAUGCUGGAGCAGGAGCUGCGGGCUCAGCCCCGGGCCGCCGGCCUCAGGCUGCUCGAGGCUGCCCACGACAACGGCCUGCGAAUGACCGCACGGCUGCGGGACUUCGAAGUGAAAGAUCUCCUCAGCUUAACUCAGUUCUUUGGCUUCCACAUUGAGACGUUCUCACUAGCUGUGAAUUUCUUAGAUAGAUUUUUGUCAAAAAUGAAGGUACAGCCUAAACACUUGGGCUGUGUUGGACUCAGCUGCUUCUACUUGGCUGUGAAGGCAUCAGAAGAAGAAAGAAAUGUGCCCUUAGCCACUGACUUAAUUCGAAUAAGCCAGUAUAGGUUCACUGUUUCUGAUAUGAUGAGAAUGGAGAAAAUCAUACUGGAGAAAUUGUGUUGGAAAGUCAAAGCUAUAACAGCCUUCCAAUUUCUGCAGCUCUAUCAUUCAUUCAUUCAUGAGAAUUUAAGCUGUGAAAGGAGAAAAUACCUUAAUUUUGAUAGACUUGAGACCCAACUUAAGGCCUGUCACUGCAGACUCAUGUUUUCUAAAGCCAAGCCUUCUGUCUUGGCGCUGUCUAUUAUGGCAUUAGAGAUUGAAGAACAAAAACUGCUGGAGUUGACAGAGGCAUUGAAAUUCCUACAGUUACAUUCCAAGAUAAGCGACAGAGAAUUGACCUUCUGGAAGGAGCUAGUGUUAAAGUGCCUUAUGGAAUAUUCCUCAAGCAAGUGUUCCAAACCAAAUGUGCAGAAAUUAAAAUGGAUUGUGUCUGGACGUACAGCUCGGCAGCUUAAACACAGCUACUACAGAAUAACACACCUUCCUACCAUUCCAGAGACCAUCUCAUGA